AUGGAGCAACUACUACAACUCAACAUAAAAAAAGCAAACUAUGUGAAUUACAAGAGCCAAAGAGGACGAGGUCGUGGCCAAGAUCGUGGAUGUGGACGAGGACAUAAAGGAGAAGGAAGAUGGGGUUACAACAACUACUCCAAUAAAUUCAACAGUGGUCAAAGAAGUUGGAAUCCACAAGCAACAAGAGAUCGUGGAAUAGGAAAUUCAUGGUUGAGGUGUGACAAAUCACAAAUCAAGUGCUUCAAAUGCAACAAGAUUGGUCACUACGCAUCAGAGUGUAAAUACUCGAAGAACCUGGUGGAAAAAGCUAACUUUGUAGAGGAAAAAGGCGGAGAAGAAGAAACUUUGAUGCUCGCAUGCCAAAACCAAGUUGAAGAGAAAAGAAAUAAAUUGUACCUCGACAUCGACGUAAGCAACCACAUGUGCGGCGAUCAAAGUAUGUUCAUAGAAAUCAAUGAAGUGACAACUAAAAAUGUCUCAUUGGAGAUGACUCAAAGAUAUCGCUUAAAGGAAAAAGGUAAAAUUCUCAUACGCUUGAAGAACAAGAGUCAUCAAUUCAUAUCUAAUGUCUACUAUGUUCCUAGCAUGAAGAAUAAUAUUUUGAGCUCGGGACAAUUAUUAGAGAAAGGCUAUGACAUCCACUUGAAAGAACAUAGUAUUUUCUUAAGAGAUUGUGGAGAUAACUUGAUUGCUAAGGUGCAUAUGUCAAAGAAUAGAAUGUUCCUCUUAACAUUCAAAAUGGUGUUGCAAAGUGUCCCAAGACUUGCUAUACGGACUCUUCAUGGCUAUGGCAUCUAUGAUUCAGAAAUCUCAACUUCGACUGUCUAA